AUGACUGUGCAGUAUGCAUAUCUACCACUCUUGGCCUGCUGGCUGGUCUCAGCAGCGUCUCCAACAUAUCGAUUAGUAAUCUCUAAUGCUUCCCAACCUCCCCAGAUAUCACCCAAGACCAUCGUCUCCGACGCCUGCGCGUCGUAUUCCACGCUUGAGGACCUGAACCGCAGGGUCAAACCAGCUGUUGAGGACCUGACCCACUCGACCGACUUCUUCUCCCAUUACCGACUCAACCUCUUCCACAAGACAUGCCCGUUCUGGAACGACGAGGACGGCAUGUGCGGCAACAUCGCCUGUGCCGUGCAGACUCUUGACAACGAGGAGGACAUACCCGAGGUGUGGCGGGCCCACGAGCUCGGCAAGCUGGAAGGGCCCCUGGCGAAACACCCAGGCAGGACCAUACAGCGGGAGCGCCCUGAACGACCGCUCCAGGGCAAGCUCGGCGAGGAUGUUGGGGAGAGCUGUGUGGUUGAGUACGACGACGAGUGCGACGAGCGCGACUACUGUGUUCCCGAGGACGAAUCCGCCUCGUCAAAGGGCGACUACGUCUCACUGCUCCAGAAUCCGGAGAGGUUCACUGGCUACGCGGGCAUGGGCGCGCAACAGGUCUGGAACGCCAUCUACCGCGAAAACUGCUUCCAGAGGAGCUCAUUCCCUCACACUGCUGCGCUAGGCCAGUCCUCGCCAGCACACGGCCCAGCUGCGCUGGACUUCAGGCAGGUCAUGGAGGCCGCCGGCCGCCAACAGCUGCUCGAGGAACACCGCGAGCAGAGACCCAACACGCCCUUUGUUGCGAACACGGGCCUUGAAGCGGAGGACGAGUGUGUCGAGAAGCGGGUCUUCUACCGGGUCGUGUCUGGGAUGCACACCAGCAUCAGCACGCACCUUUGCUGGGAUUGGAUGAAUCAGACCACAGGCCAGUGGCAGCCCAAUCUGCAAUGUUACCUGCACCGGCUUCACAAGUUCCCCGAGCGCAUCAGCAACCUGUACUUCAACUACGCCCUGCUCACCCGCGCGAUUGCGAAGCUGGGCCCUCACCUCCAGGACUACACCUUCUGCACUGGCGACCCGGACCAGGACGCGACAACAAAAAGUAAGGUCCUCGCGGUGACGCAGGCUUCCUCGUCCGUCCCUGAGAUCUUUGACGAGAGCCUGAUGUUCAAGAAUGGCGAGGGCCCUUCUCUCAAGGAGGAUUUCAAGAACCGGUUCCGCAACGUGAGCCGCCUGAUGGACUGCGUCGGGUGCGACAAGUGCCGGCUUUGGGGCAAGCUGCAGACAGCGGGAUACGGCACGGCGCUGAAGGUUCUCUUCGAAUUCGACAACGACAGCGAAGACAUACCCAUCCUUAAGCGGACCGAGCUGGUGGCGCUGUUCAACACGUACGCGCGACUGACCUCGAGUUUGGAUUCAAUACAACGGUUUAGAUCGAUGGCUGCACAACUGGAGGCGAAGGAGGCAGAGGUACCCGAGAGGGACGCUGGCGGUGGCCACGUUACAGUCCCGGACCGGGCGAAGAAGCCGCGUCAUGUGAUAGUCGAGAAGACGGACAGGGAAGAGAAGCGGUCACCUGGGCUGGGCACUGUGCUCCACGAGGAGCUCGACGGCGUGAAACAGGCGUUCGGGUCAAUUUUCAGGAGCUGGGCGGAGCUGCCAGCGUUGAUAUGGCUAUUCGUAAAACAGGAGGCCCGGUACCUGUGGCAGAACUACAUCGGCCUUCCUGUCACACCGCGUCGCUGGAAGCUUGCUUGGAGGGAGGCGGGUGGGCCCUCGAUAGACUGGCGGGAAGCGGACGAGUUGUAG